AUGUUAAAACAAAUCAAGGAUAAGUCACUUUCAUAACUAAUAGUAGAGUUAUAAUAGAAAUAUUAAGAUGAGAACGACCAAUCGAAUUUAUUCUAGAAACUUUAUCAAUAAUAAGUGGAAUAAGAAAGUUCUACAGAAUCAUCCAAUAUUGUUCCUCCUAUUUUUUCAGGAUCUACUGGUUCAUAAUCCUCCAAUUCAUAGGAAGGUAUAAAACUUCUUGUAUAAAGGAGUGGAAAAAAAAAUAAAGAAAGCAAAAAAAAGUCUAAAUCCGAAUAAAGGAUCUCAGGAUGAGAAACAGCUUUAAACGGAGGCAAAAGAUAAAAAAACUCUAUUAAUGAUCCGUAAUAGAAUAUCAGCUUAAAAUUCUAGAGAUAGGAAGAAAGCCUAUCUCCAAAAAUUGGAAAGUGAUUUUUAAAAAUAAUCUCAUUAUCUUCAAGAAUUAACAGAAUAGGUUAGUCAAUUACAAUAGUAAUUGGACGAUGCACAGAAACUUAAUUAAAAUUUACAAUCCUAUUAGUAGAAUCUACUUUGUAUGAAUUGUGGUAGUAAACAAUUUGUCUUUGAAGAGGAAGCACCUAUAUCUGUUUCUAAGAAUAGAAGUUUGGGCAAUUUGGGAUUUUCAUUUAUAGUUAUAUUAACUAUAUUUGCUUGUCUCACUCUUAACUUUGAUACUACCCCUUAAAACUUGAAUAUCUCUCCAUAAAUCUAACCAGAGAAGCCAUUCAUCAAAGAGAUAAACAACACUGAUCAGCAUUAUGAAAUCUUGAAGUAAGUUGAAAAUAACAGGAUUAAAGGGGUAACAUAACUAAUGGAUUAUAAAACAGAAUACAAUUACAAAUUAUAUGAUACUACUUAUGAGGCCAACUUAAAUACAAAAGUAAGUUUUGUCAAUGAAAUGAUAAAUUAUAAUAAAGAGAAGGCCAAGUUAAAUAAUGGUUAGGCAUUAGCCCCCCUAAACUAUCAUAAACCAUAAGUAGAUUCAUUUUAUUGUCCAACCGUUUAUAAGUAUGACAACCAAACUUAAAAGUAAUUCAAUAGAUUAAGUUAGUAAAAUACAGGUCAAAUACUAGGAUGAAUAAUGGAUUCAUUUAGUAAUUCCAAAGAAUAAUGUCAACAUAUUUUAUUAAAAUUAAGAUAAAUCAAUCAUAUUGANAUUUAACUUUUUGUUGAAUACAAGCUUAUUUAAUCUAUUCUCAUUUUAUAAAAAUUUAAAUUUCCUUAUAUAUGUGGAAAUAUAAACAUCCACGUAGAUGGAUCUAUUCUUUUAGUAUGCUUAUUAAUAAAUAAUAUAUUAUUGUAAUAUGUUAAAACAAAUCAAGGAUAAGUCACUUUCAUAACUAAUAGUAGAGUUAUAAUAGAAAUAUUAAGAUGAGAACGACCAAUCGAAUUUAUUCUAGAAACUUUAUCAAUAAUAAGUGGAAUAAGAAAGUUCUACAGAAUCAUCCAAUAUUGUUCCUCCUAUUUUUUCAGGAUCUACUGGUUCAUAAUCCUCCAAUUCAUAGGAAGGUAUAAAACUUCUUGUAUAAAGGAGUGGAAAAAAAAAUAAAGAAAGCAAAAAAAAGUCUAAAUCCGAAUAAAGGAUCUCAGGAUGAGAAACAGCUUUAAACGGAGGCAAAAGAUAAAAAAACUCUAUUAAUGAUCCGUAAUAGAAUAUCAGCUUAAAAUUCUAGAGAUAGGAAGAAAGCCUAUCUCCAAAAAUUGGAAAGUGAUUUUUAAAAAUAAUCUCAUUAUCUUCAAGAAUUAACAGAAUAGGUUAGUCAAUUACAAUAGUAAUUGGACGAUGCACAGAAACUUAAUUAAAAUUUACAAUCCUAUUAGUAGAAUCUACUUUGUAUGAAUUGUGGUAGUAAACAAUUUGUCUUUGAAGAGGAAGCACCUAUAUCUGUUUCUAAGAAUAGAAGUUUGGGCAAUUUGGGAUUUUCAUUUAUAGUUAUAUUAACUAUAUUUGCUUGUCUCACUCUUAACUUUGAUACUACCCCUUAAAACUUGAAUAUCUCUCCAUAAAUCUAACCAGAGAAGCCAUUCAUCAAAGAGAUAAACAACACUGAUCAGCAUUAUGAAAUCUUGAAGUAAGUUGAAAAUAACAGGAUUAAAGGGGUAACAUAACUAAUGGAUUAUAAAACAGAAUACAAUUACAAAUUAUAUGAUACUACUUAUGAGGCCAACUUAAAUACAAAAGUAAGUUUUGUCAAUGAAAUGAUAAAUUAUAAUAAAGAGAAGGCCAAGUUAAAUAAUGGUUAGGCAUUAGCCCCCCUAAACUAUCAUAAACCAUAAGUAGAUUCAUUUUAUUGUCCAACCGUUUAUAAGUAUGACAACCAAACUUAAAAGUAAUUCAAUAGAUUAAGUUAGUAAAAUACAGGUCAAAUACUAGGAUGAAUAAUGGAUUCAUUUAGUAAUUCCAAAGAAUAAUGUCAACAUAUUUUAUUAAAAUUAAGAUAAAUCAAUCAUAUUGAAAGAAAAAUAUGCAGACUAAGAUGGUGAUAUGAGUGAGAAAUAUUAAGAAAUUUGGUGUUAAGUAAAAAGUAAAGAUGACUUUUAUCUUGAAACAUUGAUUUGAUGAGGUAGACG